AGUGAGGAGCAUCCUGAAGGUGAGCGCUCCCACAGGGGGUCAGUCUGGCCCCGGGGAAGUUAGGGGCCUGGCAGGCGAUCCACUGAGAUGGAUUUGGAUCAGCUGGACCUGAACCCCAGAAUUAUUGCUGCAGUCAAGAGAGCCAAACUGAAGUCAGUAAAGGAGGUUCUGCAUUUUUCUGGACCAGACUUGCAGAGACUGACCGGGCUGUCCAGCCCCGACGUCCAGCACUUGCUCACAGCAGCCUCCCUAUGGCUCCGAGGACCCCACACCCUGACAGCCCUGCACCUGGUCCAGCAGAAGGAGCGCUUCCCUGUGCAGCACCAGCGCCUAAGUCUGGGCUGCCCCGUGCUGGACAGGGUCCUGGGCGGCGGCCUGCCCCUGGGCGGCAUCACGGAGCUUGCGGGCUGCAGCUCGGCAGGGAAGACCCAGCUGGCACUACAGCUGAGCCUGGCUGUGCAGUUCCCACAGCAACACGGAGGCCUGGAGGCUGGGGCCGUCUACAUCUGCACGGAGGAUGUCUUCCCCAGCAAGCGACUGCAGCAGCUGAUUGCACAGCAGCAGCGGCUGCGGAUGGAUGUGCCAAGCGAGGUGGUCCAGAAGAUCAAGUUCAGCAACCACAUCUUCAUCGAGCACGCAGCAGAUGUGGACACCUUGCUGGAGUGUGUAAGGAAGAAGGUCCCCGUGCUGCUGUCAAGGGGCAUGGCCCGACUGGUAGUCAUCGACUCCGUGGCAGCUCCGUUUCGCUGUGAGUUUGACAAAGAGGGCCCUGCCCUCCGGGCCAGGCAUCUGCAAUCCCUGGGGGCCGAGCUGCGCCGGCUGAGCAGCGCCUUCCAGGCCCCCGUGCUAUGCAUCAACCAGGUGGGUGAGGCGGCAGUUUGCCCAGAUGCCCAGGACGAUGGGGAGGGGCUGCGAAGGGGACUUCAAGGGGCUCUGGUCAUGAUAUGGAAAACCAGGGGACCCUCAACUACUGCUGCCCCCAUUGGACUCUUCCAGGUGACAGAGGCUGUGGAGGAGCAGGGCUUGCUGCCCUGCCUACCAGGACCCUGGGACCCGCGCCUGUCUCCAGCCCUUGGUAUCGCCUGGGCUAACCAGCUUCUGAUGAGACUGAUGGCUGACCGUGUCCGCGCACAAGAAGCCGUCCCGGGCUUGCCCGGUGGCCUGACCCGAACCCUGAGGGUGCUCUUUGCCCCCCACCUGCCUCCUUCCUCCUGCUCCUACACAGUCGGCUGUGAAGGGGUGCGAGGGGCCAUGCCCAGCUAACACACCAGUAUCUGUGGACAGCCCAACCAAGCCCUUAGGGGCUGAGCAGCACAGUUCCCAAGGGUACCGUCCCUCCUCUCCCCAAGUUGUUCCCUCCCAGUAGACUGGCCCUUGGAAGGCAAAUGACCCACGAGCAGUCCGGGGCUCUGCCUCUGCAGGGCAGUAGGUGGUGCCCCGCCUCCGCCCACUAAGGUGGCAGAGAGCCAUACUGGCACACUCUGUCGUGAAAGUCUAUUUGGGCUCAAGGUGGAGGAACAGACUGGCAUCUGGCCAAGUCUGGAAGUGGUAAAGGGGCUGACCUCACCUCGGCCGCCUGCAGGCAAAAGCAGCCCUGGGCAGUUGAUGAAAGAAGAAACAGGAAAUGAGACGCCCUGCCUCCAAGCCUGGCCUUGCUGGGCUCUAGGCUGACAACAGGAGGAGCUGUGGCCUAAGAGGGCAGGGCUG